AUGGACGACGACGUCGACAUGACAGGCAGCGGAAAUCCCAAAACAGUGCGACUUCCGCCUCUCCCCUAUGAGGACCCAGCACAGUCUCUCCAGAAGGCAGAGCGAAUGCGUUACAGCUCAGCGCGCCACCACUCGCAACAAGAUCACUCCGCCGAGUCGCAGACUCCUAUAGACUCGAAUGCUACCGAGUCCACCUCAGACAGCGCUGCAGCGCACAAUAACUCUAUAGAAGAGGACCUUCCACGUAGCACUCCCAGCAUAGUCAUAUCUCCACGCGAUCCGAACAUCAAAUGCGCCUGUCCAGCGGGCACAGUACGAUUUCAGGUGGACCUUGAGCUCAGCGAUAUCGACGGCGUCCCGACCUGGUUGCACAAGCCUUGCAUGAGUACCAAUCCACUCAACCAAGCCAAUAUAUCGGGAAGUACAGGUGAGUCUUCAGCAAACGCAUCCUUGACAAGCGACACGGCGACAGCAACGAAGAGGGUGGACCCAGAGCAGCUGGCAGCGAAGUUAUUCGGACCAGAGGCAACAGCAGAGCAGCGGGUGAGACUCAAGCACUUCACAUCCGAAUUUCGCUGCGAUGGACCUUGCACGGGAUCAACCAAGAUUGACGACUAUUCCUUGUGCAACAAGUGCAGCGCGUGGCAACACAAGGAAUGCAUGCUGUAUGGCGAAGAGGGUGAUGUUGGUGGUCCCAUUUGCAACCGGUGCUUCAUGAUCUUCCUUGCGCGGCGUGAGACCACCAUCAGGUGGCAGCGCAAGCAGAUGCUGCACGCAGUACAAGAAGCUUGGAAGUUCUUUCGCGACCCUGCGAAUCGGCAUCAGGUGGAGCGGAGGGCACAUGCUCGGAAGUUCCUGGCUGCAUUCUUCCUCAAGAACCAAGAUUCCUUCUUCAGGUUCGUGGCUAGGAAGAAAGCGGACCGUCUUGCUGCAGGCCUACCUCCAUCUGAUCAAGAUGGCGACACUGAGAUGGACGUUGAUGAUAGCCAGGCACUACCUCAGAACAUGUCAAUGAUCCAGAGCUCGCCUUCAGCAGCUUCCGGUGAUGGACUCGAUGAUCUCGAAGAGUUGGAACGCAGACUCUCGACGGACAACGAGGGCGCCAUGCUCACCGAUGGCAGUCCCACACGCGCACCCCGCCAAGCCCGACGGAAACCUCAAGGGACAACAAAAGCAGAAGUGCGCGCAGCUCUCGCUGCUAGAACAUCUCGUCAGAAGCUAGUACCCUUGCAGCAGGGCUUGGUAGGACCAACACUGCCACGUCUGAAGCCCGCUCCAGCGCGCUUGAAGCCCGUGCCGUCUCAACAGAGUACAGGUGCCGCCAAGCGAAAGAGACAGCCUUCGCCCAGCGACGGCAUGGCAUCACCUGCAGACUCGACCCAAGCUAAAUCUUCUGCUCCUCGCAAGUCUGCACCGGGCACGGCACCACGAAAGCCAGGCCGCCCAGCGAAGGCUGCGAAGCAGGUCACAUUCGACGUUCCUGAGAGCGUUACACGCGGUGACAGCGCCGCGCCUACUCUCACUCCAUCUCCCUACGACAAGGUCGCGUGCAAAUGCCGCCUGCCCUCCAAGCUCUCCAAGGCCGACUGCUUCACCUGCAUCGAAUGCGGUACCUCCCAACACAGAGGCUGCCACGACGAUACUUCCGGCCCUCGCCCCGCGCUCUGCAAUUUCUGCUUCAACUCCACAGCCGCCACCAAGCGCUCCAUCAAUGAGCAAGUGAUCGCUACUAUGCCCGCAUCUCAGCGGGAGUACGAUGCUGCCACUCGAUUAGCGAAAGCCACACGAAGCGUUCAGAUCAACGGCGUAGACGAGUACACCGACAGCUUCCGCGAAGCAGUAACCCAAGAGUCCCACCUCCUCUGCUCUACCACCCUCUGGAAGGAGUGGUGGAACAUCCCCUACCCAGGUCAAGCCAACAAGAUCACACCGAUGCCGCCUAUUGAGCCGCCAGAGGAGUGGCUGAAGGAGGCGAAGGGAAGACUUGAGAAGUUGCUCUUCGCAGCAGGGAGGGAGACGACGAUCAAGUAUCUGCAGCCAGUUCUGAAGCAGUGGCCUAGAAAUGAUUAUCAGGUCAUGGUGGCGCUGAGGGAGCUGGCGUUGGAGAUGGUGCAUCGGGGUGCGUAUAGGGGCAAGAGAGCGGAGUUGGGAGUCAUUGCGGAGGUUGUGGGGAUUGAGAGGAAGGGGAUGUUUUGGAAGGGUGUUUGA